GAAAACAUAUGAAAAACAUCUCCAAUUUGCAAAGAAGAGUUAAGAUACUAACAUGUGACAAGGACAAAAUGAGUGAACAAGGAGAAGCUACCGCCACAUUAGAUUCUCACAGAAGUGAAAUGGAGAAAAGAGUGAGUGACAUGGCAUCUGAAGUCUUAACUAAAUUCCGUCUGGAAGGAACGCUGUGUGAUGUGGUGAUCAAAGUCGGCCACGUUGAGUUCAAUGCCCACAAGAUCAUCCUCUGUCGCUGCACCUCAUACUUUCGAGCUCUAUUCACCGGUCCCUGGGCAACCUCAAAGAAGCAAAUCUAUACUAUCCCUGGGGUGUCGCCUGAGAUGAUGCACCUCAUAAUCAAUUAUGCUUACACCAACUCUGUUCCUGUGACAAAGGAUAAUGUGGUGGAGGUUUUAGAAGCUGCAGACCAGUUCUUGGUCACAGGGAUUGUUCAGACCUGCUUCUUUUUUCUGGAGGACCGGCUGUGCCUGAAGAAUUGCAUCAGCAUCUGGAGGCUGUUGAACAUGUACCACUGCCCUGAGCUGAGGCACAAGGUCCUCCUCUACAUCCUGUACCACUUUGAGUUAGUUUGUGUCUCACAGGAGUUCCUUGAGCUUCCUGUGCAGCAGCUGGUUGCUAUCAUUGUGAAUGAUCACCUCAAAGUGAAACAAGAAAACAUAGUGUUUGAGGCUGUCCUCUGCUGGAUUAACCACCUGCCGGACCAAAGACGAGGUCACAUGUCUGUGCUGUUGUCCAAGAUGCGGAUAGGUUUGAUGACCACUGAUUUUUUCCUAAACAUAAUGGACAAUGCCAUGAUAAAGGACAACAGAGAAUGUAUGCUCAUCCUCAACGAUGCAAUGACGGCAUUUGUAGAUUUCAGGGCCAACCGACACUCAAAAUAUUUCUGCAGCAGCUUGAUGAACCGCCCACGCCUACCUUCAGCCAUUUUAUUGGUCACUGGAGGCAAAGAUAAUGUCAUUUAUGGAACCAGCCUUGAGGUGUAUGAUGUCCAAGCUGACUGCUGGGUUACUGUUAGCACUGAAGGGACUAGGCGCGCUUAUCAUGGUGCUGCUGUCCUCGACAACUUUGUCUACAUAAUUGGUGGCUGCACCCAGCACGAUUACCUGAAGACAGUGCAAAAGUUUGACCUUGUCUCCUGCACAUGGCAAAUGAUGGCUUCAAUGAACUACUGUCGCUGCUUUGUCAGUGUUGCUGUGCAGAAUGGGUGCAUUUAUGCCAUGGGAGGCUACAGUGGGCACGCUUACUGCAACACUGUUGAGUGCUAUAAACCUGAGACUAACCAGUGGAUCAUGGUGGCACCUAUGCAUGAAAAGAGGAGUGGUGCUAGUUCCGCAACUCUAAAUGGCAAGGUGUACAUUUGCGGUGGCUUCAAUGGCUGUUACAGUCUACGCACUGCUGAAUGCUAUGACCCAACCACCAACUGGUGGACCAGGAUCAGCCGCAUGAUGACCUGCCGAACUGGCUUGGGGAUCGCUGCCUACAAAGGCUGCAUCUAUGCAGUUGGUGGCAGCUAUGGGGACACCUUCCUGUGCAGUGCUGAGGCCUACAACCCUGAGUCGAACAGGUGGAGCCGCGUGCCAUCCAUGUACAGUCCCCGCAGCCACUUUGGCAUUGCGGUGGUGGAUGACCAACUCUUUGUGGUGGGAGGAUACAACGACUCCAACAGUUUGCUCACUGUGGAGCGCUACGAUGAAGAGGCUGGUAUGUGGUACAGAGCCUCCCACAUUGAGGCGUCCCGCUGUGGACUGAGCUGCUGUGUGUUGUAUGGACUCUACAACGUGGUGGAGAAGUUGUUCCCUCGUGGUUCCCUGACGCUCCCCAAUGUGGAGGAAGCUACAGGAGGAUCCAUCUGACCCUCAGCCCAGACCUGACAUCAAUCCAUCGACUGGCAUCAAGUUUCAUUUUUAAAUACAUUUUUUUUUUAUUUUAAAAUCCGAGGUGCUGUUGUUGUUCCUUAUAUUUAAAGGUACAAUUGUAAGAUUUGACACCGCAGCUCAAAACCAAAGCACUGGAGAGCAGCCCCCCCCCAUCCCAAUCCCCAGACUGCAGCUAACACAGGAUGCCAGAUCGAAGACACAGAAUCUAACACUCACUCAGUUGAUCCACUUUAUUUGCUGGAUGUAGUAUGUUUCCUAACUGGCAACCCAGAGCUUUGGCAUGAGUCGUGCAAUUAUCAAGCCAGAUCAAAACAGAACAAAACACAAACAGAC